AUGGCAGCUCCGUGCCUAAAAUUGUCGUUUAACGUGUUGUUGCAGUUUCGUGUCUGCAUUCUCCUCGCCCUCUCCACCACUGCCAUCGCUGGCUACAUUGGUAGCGGCUAUGGACUUGGCCAUGGCCUCAGUUAUGGUCUCGGUAGCGGCCUUUCUAGCUACGGCCUGUCCCAUGGCAUUGGAUACUCUGGUGUGACCGGCUACGGCCUGGGCUCCGGGUAUAGUUAUGCACCAGCUGUCAGCCGCACCGUGUCCACCUACCACGCUGCCCCAGCGGUUGCCACUUACGCAGCUGCUCCAGUAGCCACCUAUGCCACUGCCCCUGCUGUCGCCAAGGUCGCCACAUACGCUCCGGCUCCAGUCACUACCUACGCUGCUACUCCAACAGUUGCCAGGGUUCCUACUUACGCUGCUACCCCAGUUGCUACCUACGCUCGGGCCCCAGUUGCCACCUACGCUCGGGCCCCGGUUGCAACCUACGCUCGUGCCCCAGUUACCGCCUAUGCUCGUGCCCCCGUUGCUGCCUAUGCUCCGGCUCCAUUGACCACAUACGCCGCUGGGCAAUCCGUGACCAACGUUCCAACUUAUGCGCGUGCGCCAGUGGCCAGUUACGCUGCUGCUCCAGUGGCCACAUAUGCUGCUCCAUCAUCUGUGACCAGGGUUGCCACUUUUGCUCGAGCCCCAGUUGCCACUUACGCUGCUGCCCCGGCCGUGAACAAGGUUGCCACGUACGCACGCGCACCAGUCGCAACGUACGCUACCGCCCCAGCUGUAGCUAACGUCGCCACCUACUCUGCGGCCCCAGUCGCUACUUACGCUGCUGCCCCAGCUGUGGCCAGCAUUUCUCAUGCUGCGCCAGCAUUCACCUCGUACACUACCCCAGCCUCCACCUCUUACAGCACUGUGCCUUCGUAUUACAAUUAUGGAGUUGGCAAACUCGGAUACGGUACCGGGCACUACAACUACGGUCACGGUCUCAUUGGCUAUGGCCUGAACUACGCGUAUGGCCUCGGCACCCCCAAGCACUACACUGCUCUUACUCACAAGAAAUGCAAGUAUUCGUCUUGA